GUUGAACAAAUCUGCACCCCCAAAGAAAAAUCCUAAUUUACCAAACUAUCGUUAGCCAAAUAUCCGGUCCUUCUCAGUAAAUGCAGGUGUUGUUUAACAGAAAAAAGGUUCCGUGUUUGUUUCUGUCGGACUGACAUUAGUAACGGACGGUGUGUGGAAGCAGCGAACCCGCUGAAUUCGAGCUUUGGAGGAAGAGUAAAGUAAAUAAUGGGCGACCAGCCUCUCAGAGUCCUGGCGUGUGGGGAUGUCGAAGGCAGACUGAACGCUCUCUUCAGCCGAGUUCAGGCCAUCCAGAAGAAGAUGGGACAGUUUGAUAUGCUGCUUUGUGUUGGGGAGUUUUUUGGAGUGACGCCGGAAGCUGAAGCGGAGUGGCAGCUGUACAAAACUGGAGCCAAAAAAGCUCCCGUUCACACGUACAUCUUAGGAGCGGCCAGUCAGGAAACCGUGAGGAACUUUUCUACCUCUGAUGGCUGUGAGCUGGCUGAAAACAUCACAUAUCUGGGUCGGCGAGGUGUUUUUACGGGCGCGUCUGGGCUGCAGAUCGCCUACGUCAGCGGUCGGGAGGCCCUACAAGAACCGGCUCCGGCUCAUUUCUUCACGUCCAAAGAUCUCUCAGCUCUUGUCACGUCACUGACCAGCAACUCCAAGUUCAGAGGGGUGGACAUCCUGUUGACAUCGCAGUGGCCCAGAGGGGUGUGGCAGUACGCAAGCACCCCGGAAGUGAACACAAAGUCGUGUGGAAGCAGCUCCAUCUCCAGCCUUGCUGACAAACUCAAACCGCGGUACCACUUUGCAGCACUAGAGGGCGCCCAUUACGAAAGGCUCCCUUACAGGAACCACGUGGUUCUGCAGGAGAACGCUCAACACGUCAGCCGCUUCAUCGCCCUGGCAACCGUCAACAACCCUGCCAAGAAAAAGUAUCUGUACGCCUUCAACAUCGUCCCCAUGAAGAACCUGGAUCCUGCAGAACUGGUGAAGCAGCCGCAGGACGUGACGGAGAACCCGUACAGGCACGCAGCUCAAGACAAAACGCACGCCCAGAAAACGGCUUUCAGCACCGCCGAGGAGGAGCCGGCCCACCAGUUCUUCUUUGACCUGAGCAGGAACCAGGGCGGGGCCUCUCGAGGCCGCGGCAGGAAGCGGCUUUCAGACGGCGACGGGCGAAGUCGAGACCAGCAGCAUGGCGGUGACAGGCACCACGAGCACAAACAGCCCCGCCGACACCCGCAGCCCACCGGUCCCUGCUGGUUCUGUCUGGCCAGUCCCCAGGUGGAGAAACAUCUCGUCGUCAGCAUCGGCACACAUUGUUACCUGGCUCUGGCUAAAGGGGCGCUGGUCCCCCGUCACGUCCUGAUCCUGCCCAUCGGCCAUUACCAGUCUGUGGUGGAGGUGAGCUCCGAGGUGCUGGAGGAGAUGGAGAAGUACAAGUCUGCUCUGAGGAGCUUCUACAAGAGCAAAGGAGAGCGCUGUGUGCUGUUUGAGAGGAACUACAAGAGUCAGCAUCUUCAGCUGCAGGUCGUCCCUGUUCCGCUGGACCGCUGCACCACUGAAGACAUCAAAGAGGCGUUUACAGUCCAGGCCCAGGAGCAGCAGAUGGAGCUGAUGGAGAUUCCUCAGCACACCGACCUGAAACAGAUUGCUCCUCCUGGGACACCGUACUUCUACGUCGAGCUGGAUUCAGGGGAGAAACUCUUCUACAGGAUCCAGAAACACUUUCCUUUGCAGUUUGGAAGGGAGGUUCUGGCCAGCGAGGUGGUGCUGAACAUCCCCACGCGAGCAGACUGGAGGGAAUGUAAACAGAGCAGAGAGGAAGAGGAAGAUGACUGCAAACAACUGAGAGAUGAUUUCCAACCAUAUGACUUCGCUUGGGAAGACUAGCACACACACACACACACACACACACACGUUUAACUGCUCUUGUGAGGACCAUGACUAAAGCGAUGCCCAACGGGGACACUUGUCUUUUUUUAUUUUACAGAAGCUUUCCUGUAAAUCAACAAUAAAUUGGUUUUUAAGA